AUGUCAACAAGCGGCGUAUCGCUAGCUGCUUCAGCUGUUAAAAAUCAAGGAUUGAGUGGACGAAGAGCUGCUAUAUUAUAUAAUGUUUCUCAGUCAAGUUUGAGCAAUUAUAUUGCUGGGCGUACGGACAAGUUAAAAGCAGAUCAGAGCCGACGAAAGCUUCAUGCCUCUGAAGAAGCUGUUCCUGUACAGUGGAUUCUGUCAAUGGAUAAACGUGGCCUUCCUCCCCGUCCUUCUACUGUACGAAGCAUGGCAAAUCUACUUCUUGAGAAACGAGGAGAUGGGAACCCAGAGACAACUGGACCUACAUGGGUCUCACGUUUUAUACAACGGCAUCCAGAAAUCAAGUCCAAGUUCGUACGAAAGUUCAACUACAAGCGCUCCUGUUGCGAAGAUCCGAAGAUUAUGAAAAACUGGUUUGAUCUUGUACAAGAUAUCACCACAGAAUACCAGAUCAUGCCGGAUGAUAGCUAUAAUAUGGAUGAGGUGGGAUUUGCUAUGGGAAUGAUCUCUACCUGCAUGGUUGUUACCAACUCUGAGAGAAAGGACCGUCCGAAGCUACUACAGUCAGAAAACCGAGAAUGGACUACUGUGAUUGCUGGAGUCAGUGCCUCAGGUUGGGCACUGGCUCCCAUGAUAAUAUUCAAGGGAAAGAAUCCACCAUUGUACAAGAAUGUGGUUGAACUACCAUCUGAUUGGACUGUGAAAUCCAGCCCAAAUGGUUGGACAACAGAUGAGCUUGGUCUAUUCUGGCUCAAAGAGGUCUUUGACAAGCAGACACGGGAUCUCAUGGAAGUCAUGCCACUCCCUGAGUUUGACUCCUUUUGCAUGAAGAACAAGAUUGUUCUUCUUUAUAUGCCUCCACACUCAUCUCACCUACUUCAACCCUUGGAUGUGGGCUGUUUCUCUGCCUUAAAGAAAGCGUAUGGCUGCCUGGUUGAGAAUCAGAUGCGAUGUGGAAUCAAUCAUGUGGAUAAGAUAGAUUUCUUGUCCUUAUAUUCAGAGGCUCAUGCCAGCACCUUCUCUGAGCAGAAUAUCCAGAGUGGAUUCCGAGCAACUGGCUUGAUUCCCUAUGCUCCGUAUGAGGUUCUAGGUCAACUACCACCAGCAACACCCUCUCGACCAAGCACAGCUCACUGUUCUCAGAGCUCUUGGACUCCCAAAACACCUGUCAAUACAGAUGACGUACGACGGCAAUCUAGCCGAAUCCAGAAUCGAAUGCAGAACCGUACGACACCUGCGUCAAGUCCUACUACUCGGUUUAUGGACAGACUCUUCUAUCACUAUGAAAAAGCAGUGGCAAAGAAUGCCCUCCUUGAACAGGAGAAUAUGGAGCUUCGUACAGCAAAUGGAAAGAGAGAGCAAAGGAAAAGGAAGACUACAUAUGUCCCUCAGGGGGGUGCAGCUGGGCGUGUACAGAUGGAUGAAGAAGGCCAUACUCAGGAGGAUGAGAGCUUGUUGGGCAUGGCCUCUCAAGCCCUGCACCACAUUUCAUCAUCCAUGGCGCUUUCGUUUGUUGGUGAUCUCUCUGGCCCUCAGGGCUCCUACCGUACCCUCUUUGUUGCUGGUCAGCAACUCUCGCCCUUUGCUCAUAGUCCACAGGCUAGAGUGGUUCUGGCCCUUCAAGGGCAGGAUGUUCUCUUCGUACGCGGCAGUAUGACAGAAUAUCAGGUCCUGAGCCACCGGCCUUCGUACAUAAAUGCCAUCCUCAUCCAGUCAAGGGGGCGGCCAGAGGUGCAGGCCUGCUUUGCUUGCUGUGGCAAUCCAGGUCUCCGUCCGUUCCCUCAGUGCCGCCGCUUACCAGGGCACUUUGGAGGAGCAUGUGGCAACUGCAAAUGGCGUGAUCACGCCAGCCGCUGCUCUGUACGAGAUGGUGAGGAUGUGGUGGAGGUGAUAGAGAUACCUGAUACAGAUGAUGAGAGUGGCAGCGGUAGGCGACACCUGAGGACCAUCACAGAUGGCUCUACACCUUCUUUUGCCAUCUUGAUAGAAUAG